AGUGAUGAUUCAAGAUUUACGGUUUACUUUAACAGUUGUAUGAAGACUUAUUACCAGAUAGAUUACAAUAUAAAUCGCAAUACAAUACAGAUUUACGUCAUUCUACAAUCUGUGAAGUGUGAUAUUUUUCUCCAACUUAGUUCACUAUAUUUAAUUUUGUAAGAAAAUGGAAUUUCCACAUAUUGGCAAGAACUGCUCUUUUUCUUCUUGUAAUAAAUUAGAUUUCCUACCUAUGAAAUGUGAUGCAUGCAGGGAUGUAUUUUGCUCUGAUCAUUUUGCAUACACGAAACAUGAAUGUCCAGCGCCGAAUGCAAGAGAUGUUCAGGUUCCUGAGUGUCCCCUGUGUGGUGCUCCUGUACCAGGGAAAAGAGGGGAACCACCAGAUGUAGCUGUUGGGGCUCAUAUUGACAACCAGUGCACUUCUGACCCCGCCAGAGAAAGAAGAAACAAGGUUUUCAAAAACAGAUGUUCCCUGAAAGGAUGUAAAGCGAAAGAGAUGGUCCCUUUAGUUUGUGUGGAAUGUUCAUUAAAUUACUGCCUCCGACACCGACACGCUGCUGAUCAUGCUUGUGAAGGGAAACUGGCAGCUAAGAGAAGACAAGCAGCAAAUGCAGCCAUGGCUCGUAUGAAGGCCAAUGAAGUUAACCUGGCAGCAAAGACACCUCAACCUAUACAAGUUUCUGCUUUCUCUGAAGUUCAAGGGAACAUGACCGAAGACGAGGCCCUGGCUCAUGCUCUUGCGCUGUCUAUGCAAGAUGAAAACUCGAGCCUGCAGAGAGACACCAACUUCGCACGCGCCCUCACACGACAGAGAGUGGGCGGAGAACAGAACUCCAGAUGUUCAGUUUCAUAGCACAGUAACCCGAGUUGUCUGAGUCUGUUUUUGUCACAUCAUAGUAUAUGUUAACUAAUGUUUAUAUGGCGUGUUAUUAAAUAGAUGUGAUUUUGACCAGUGUUGUUUCAAACCAUACAAAUUAUAGUUGACCAUGGCCUGGUGAGAAGUGAUAAAAAAUUACACUCAGCAGUUAGGUUAUAACAAGUAAUAUUAAAAUCAAAGAUGAGAGAAAUUAAACUGGUUUAUAUCUAAAAAUGCCUGAAAGUUAUAUUAAAUAAUAAAACAAUAUGUUGAUUGUGCUUUAAUUUUUAAAAUGAUUACUAGUUUUGUGUAAAAUUCUUGAUGUUGAUUGUUGGAAUACUUUUACGCUUCCAAGCAAUUUCGCUGUAAUGUAGACUAGUAAUUUCCACGAUAUGUGUUCAUUUUAAAAUUAUUUUUGAAAUAUGAUUUGUAAACACCUAAAGCUACCUAAAGUGAAUGUAACCUAUGCACCGUAACUUAUUUUUUUCAAAAUUAUUGUUGUUUGCGUGUUUUCGAAAAUGUUUA